AGGCUCUUGAGGACCAGGGUUGGCCACCCCUGAAGUAGGAUUUCCCACAAUGCUUUGCAUAUUGUAAUCUGGGGGUGGGGCUCUAUUCUACAGAAUAAAAGCUCUUUUCACUGACGUCCACCAGAUUCUAUCAUCGUACAUUCAUGCAUAAACUGGCAAGACCAGAACGUGGAUCCGGUUCUGAUGGAUCCACUUCUGUCCAGACUGAACUCACAGGGUUUGGUGUGAGGGACCGCAGUGACCACGCCCCCCAGCAGAGGGAGCCACAGCAUCAUUUCAGUGUGUAUUUGAUGCUGAGUGACUCUGAUUCAAAUCUAGUUUACAGGGAGCUGCAUCCAAAUGUCUUCUGCAUGAGCGCUCCUGCUGCGACGGCGUGACAGCUGAGGCUCCGCCCCCGGCUCCUGACCCCUCACAGACUCACCAUGCUGGCCCUGCUGGCCGCCGGCUCGGUCUUCUUCCCGGGACUCUUCCUGGUUUCCCGCCGGACGCUGCAGUGCCUGCUGGGAUGGAGCGAGGGCGACGCCGUGAUUGUGUCUACACG